AUGAAAACCUCAAAGCAAGCCCCCGCCGACCUGGCAUCAAGUCGCAGAGCUCAGCCCCUCCGUCAGACACGAAACAAUCCCCCCAGAUCCUCCACCUCCGGCUCUCGUAACUUGGGAUCCAGAGGGUCUCUGGGCGGCGGUGUUGCUGAAGAUACUCCCAUAGAGAUCUUCCCCGCGAUCACAUCUUUCGCCGACGCAAUUACCGCUCUACCCAAAGAACUCGUGCGCCACUUUACACUGCUGAAAGAGGUCGAUGCGAAAAUCUUUGCGCCGGAGGAAGAACUCGGUCGGCUCGUUGCAGCGGCGCUCGACGCAUCUCUGCCCAGAGCUUCCCAACCCGACUCACAUCUUGCUCCGGGCCCAACAUCUGUUCCCAUGAGCGCACAAGGGAGUAUCAAUGGCAGUAUUGUAAACGGUCAAGCACUCUCGGUCACAUCUGCCGUUGGCCCUGUCGAAGCUCCCAACGCGUGGGAUCCCGCCAAUAUCCCUCGUCGACAGCUAUUCCAGCAGUGCGCGUACACGAUGCAGAACAUGUUGGUUUCACUUGACGAGAAGAACCACGUUAUUUGUACAGCGACGGAGGCGCUUAACAAACAACUUGCGCGCAUAGACGAGUGCUUCCCGUACGUCGAGCUCGAGAUCAGUGAAGAGGCACGGUUCGGCAGUACUACACACUGGGCAUAUCCUGAAAACAGACAACCGAAAGCUCCAGCAGGCGUCUCGAGGAGGGAAGUCAUACCACCACAAAACUUGUCCGCUGCCGCUCAGCAGCUUGCUGACGAGGCGGCUGCGAGGAGUGAGGCGAGGAAACAGGCUAUGCUUGAGAGGAGGAAGGGCAAGAAUCAGCAUACCGAGUCGGACUUCGACGACCAAGAUGUGAAACAAAAGGAUAAAAAGCUUCACGGAAACACGAAGUCCAGAAAGACUGCUGAUGUGUCGACUGCUGUCGGACUGGGAAUAUCGAAUGCGGCUACGAGUAGCAAUCCGCCUAAGCGGCGCAAAGUCGACAAAGGUCCUGCUGGGGGUGUUGUUAUGGAGAAGUCGCUCAGUUCGGCGCCCGCUACUAAUGGGACAGCGGCGAAAGGAAAGGCUGCAAGCCCGCCAGAGACACCAAUACCCGAAGGCGGAAAGAAGAAGCCGAGAGCGACUGCAAUGAAUGGACAAGCUAGAAAGAGGAACAACACAGCCGCCUCAGCAAUGCCCCCAUCUUUGGCCUCCUCGCCCAUACGAAGCACAUUCCCAGAGAUAGCUGGAAAGACAGGAGGCAAAGGAACACCGCCACCCACCAACGGUAGACCUACGGCAGCAAGAGGAAGACAGAACUCUACGCAGUCCCUGGUAGAAAAGCGGCCACAAUCACCGGCCUCCAGUAAGCCGAAUGGAACAAGCACUCCAGACCUGGCAGCUGCGGCAACAGUGACCGGUCGCAGUAUCCCAGAGGUCAAAGCGACAAUGAAAGAGACAGCCAACAAUUCCAAAGAGCAACUGGUAGAAGAAGUUCAACCAGAAGAAGCUGGCGGCGUCGGCGGCGCCGUAGUCGGAAACCGGAGAGACAGCACAGCCAAGGUCGAACCCGAGACAAACCUCGAUAACCUCCUCCUCCAAAACACCACCACGAAGUCCGGGCGGGCCAGUAAACCCUCCACCCCUGCCAUUCUGCAAUUCCCCGACCCGAACCGGUCGCGGUCGUCUCGCGCCACCGAGUCUUCGAAUGUUAGCAAUAAGCGCAGCCAUAAAAAAGGGGCUGGGCAAGCGGCCCAACUGGCGCAGCAAGUUAUGCAGAAUGGUGACGAGGAAAAUGUUCCGGAACCGAUGGAGGAGGAUGAUGAUGAAGCUGUUGGAGACGAUGAGCCGAGGUACUGUUAUUGCGAUGGUGUUAGUUAUGGGGAGAUGGUGGGAUGCGAUAGCGAUACGUGUCAGAGAGAGUGGUUCCACCUGGAGUGUGUGGGAUUGAAGGUUGCGCCUGUUGGGAAAGCGAAAUGGUACUGCGACGACUGCAAAGAAAAGAUGAAGGCGAAGCGCCUCAGCACGCGGUAG